AUGGCAUCCAAGGAACAGAGAAAGGCCUUCCGGCGAGGGGAGGCGGUGGAAGUGGCCAGCGCCGAGGACGGAUUUGUUGGAUCUUACUACGAGGCCACGGUCGUGACUGACUUUCCAGGCGGCGACUACAUCGUCCGCUACGAGUCUCUGGUGAAGGACGACCUCUCGGGGCCGCUCAGGGAGGUGGUCUCCGGCGCUGAGGUCCGACCGAGGCCGCCGAGGGUCACGGCGGAGCAGCAGUUCCGGCUGAACGACGUGGUGGAUGCUCACGACAACGACGGGUGGUGGGUAGGGAAGAUUACGGGGCGGGCCCCAAAUGGGAACUAUUACGUCUACUUCGACAGCACGGGCGACCUGAUUGCUUACCCAAAGGCUCGCCUCAGGAUUCAUCUCGAGUGGGUCGCUGGGAACUGGAUUUGUUUUUCUCGUUGA